AUGAAUUCGGUUCAAGCUUCUGCUGCAGCCGCUGCAGCCGUCUCGUUGGCCACGUUGAAUGCGCUGAACUCAAUCGGUACGUCGAUGAAUAGUAGUUGUUCAUUUGCGAGUAUCGAUUCCAAAUCGCUAUUAUCACAACAACGCCAGAAACUAUUCGGUGAAACGUCUAGCUCUGCAGGUACGUCUUCGGGUCAUACCUCAGUGCGACAGCAUCUUCAGCAGCAACAACAGCAACAGAGCACCAGCACCAGUAGUCCGUUGGUGAUGAGUAAUGCGAGGAACGCGGGCAGAAAGAAGACAAAUCCGGUGAGAUGGCUAUUCAUAUUCUGA